AUGAACUUCUUUUCGAACUCAUACAACAACUCAAGGCAAAAUGAAUCCCAAAAGUCGAAACUCUUAAUUUGCAAAUAUACAAGAAGUUUUAGCAAAACGUUUAAGAAGGAUAUAAAAUUCAUUCAGAUCUUGUUUCCAUCUCUUAUAAUUAAGAGUAUCACAACUUUGAUUUUUCUUUUUUUAUUUUUAAUGUUCAUUAUUUUAGAUGUGUACUAUUUCGAUAGACACAACCCUCUCUUUCUGAACGAGGAUGUGAUGAAAAAAUUUGGAAUGAGCAGAAUUUCCGUAACGAAUAACCACCAGUACUACAGGAUAUUAACUGCCACAUUUUUCCACUCUAAUGUUUGGAAUUUAAUAAUUAACGCAUACUACUUGAUGAAUAUAGGAAUCAUAGUCGAAAAAAACUAUGGGAAGAGACAUUAUGCAACGAUGAUGCUCCUCAGUGCCCUGUGUGGAAACCUACUCAUGUGUGCCACUUCAAAUUGCAGCGACAUGCAAAUGGGAAUCAGUACCAUAUUAUAUGGAUUCAUGGGUUUAUUUCUACAAGAAAUUGUGGACAGACGUAAAGAGCUGACAGACAUGUGGAAUAUAUUUGGAAAUUACAUAUUUGCACUGUUGUCUCUAUACCUGACAGUAAAUAUGUUUCCGUUUAAUGGAAAUUUUAUUGGAAAUUUUGGUGGGUUAUUUGGAGGGUUUUGUUAUCCAUACUUACUUAAAAGGGACACAUUCCAUGGGGAGGGGAAAAAGCUAAGAAUUAUCUUUUCUAUUUUGUUGAUUCUAUUACUAAUCUCUACAAUCGUUACCUUAAUAGUGGCAAAAUGUUAA